AAAAUACUGGACCGCCCUUCCCUCUGAGUGUCGCUCUGUCGGGUCCUGUAUGGGAGCCCGUGCGGGGCUGUACUGGAAACCCCGCGCUGCCUGGACCUCUGUCGUCUCGGUUGACAUGGAUGAUGAAGAUGGCAGGUGCUUGCUAGAUGUAAUCUGUGACCCGGAGGCACUGAACGACUUUCUCCAUGGAUCCGAAACACAUCUGGACACUGAUGACCUUUUGGAUGGCUCCUCUGACCCCUCCAGUUCCUUCUUCUCCACUGUUGGGGGCCAUGUGCCUGAGAUCCAGCCAGCUGCUCAGCUGUCUGCAAACGAACCACCGGGGCUCCCAACAGGCAGUGUCGACUUGGAUUUCCUUGAAGAUGACGACAUCCUGGGGGGUUCACCCGGAGGGGGUCAAGUCGGAGGGAGCAAUGGCUUCGGGACGGACCACGAGCCAUGUGACAUCCUUCAACAAAGCCUGGCUGAGGCCAACAUCACGGAGCAGAGCUUGCAGGAGGCCGAAGCGGAGCUGGGUCUGAGCUCCUUCGGCCUGACAGGCUUAACGCAGGUGGUGCAGCCAUUGGGCGAUCCCAGUAUGACCGUGGCUGGAGAUGCCACGGCAAGUGUGGGGAUCAGCCUUGGGGUCGGAGGCCCGGCUCAGAUCUUCACUGGCCCGACCUCAGGCUCUACGGCACCCCCACCUCCUGCUGCCACUACUGAUAUGCUUGGGUCAGUCUUGGCCCAUCCUGGCUUACAGUUGCAGUCCCAGGUGAUGAACAAAGCAAUUGGAGUGCAGCCCUUUGUGCAGCAAGUUGGUCUGGGAAAUAUGACCCUGCAGCCCAUAUCGAGUCUUCAGACCCUGCCCAAUGGAAGUCCAUCUGGAAACUUGGGCAUUGGACAGAUUCAGGUUGUGGGCCAGCCCACAGUCAUGACUAUUAACCAGUCUGGGCAACCUAUCCUGGCUAAAACCGUGGGUGGCUACCAGCUUCACCAGGCUGGGCCAGAGCUGGGGGGCAGUAGCACGCAGGUUGGUCUUGGUGGGCAAAUUCUGACGUCCACUGGCGGACUUUUGAUUCAAGGAGGAAAGGCAGCCAUGGGUUCCUCAGCUCUGAAUGGGGCUGCUGUCGGCGUGAGCACAGCAAGCCUUAACACCAAUAAUGGCGGCAGUCCCAUGACCAGCUCUGGUGGGUUGGUGGGCUAUAGCAGCACCCCUGUAGGAGUGAGCUUAGGGACUCAACAACAAACCCAGGCUCAAGGCCAAAUAAUGCAAAAUGUGAUCAUCCAGCGUACACCAACACCUAUUCAGCCUAAACCACCUCAGGGGGGCACCAUUCAGUCUAAACAGUUCAAGCAGCAGCAGCCAUCACAGUCACAAGUGCUCCCUGCCCCACAGACCAUUCAGAAUGAAGCUAAGGUUGUAGGGGUGCAGCAAGGGCCAGCCCCCGUCUCCACAGCUCAGAAUGUAGCGUUCUUAACAGGCAAGGCAGGUGCUAAUGUCGUGCUGAGCACACCUGCUGGUCCACAGGGGGCAUCCUUCUCCCAGGCGAUUUUCAAACCCCAGACAGCGCAGAAGCCGGUCAGCGUGCAGCUGUUGAACCAGUCGGGCAGCAUUGUCAUCCCGUCCCAGACUGUCUUGCAGGGGCAGAACCACCAAUUUCUCUUGCCCCAGCUACAGGCUGGAGGGCAGAUCCUGACUCAGCAUGCAGGGGGACACAUCAUCACCAGCCAGGGCCCUGGAGGGCAACUGAUUGCCAAUCAGAUCCUGGCCACCAAUCAGAACUUGAAUCUGAGCCAGGUCCUGACAACACAGGGACAUCCCACCCACAUUCUGUCAGGACCCAUCCAGCUCCAGCCAGGCCAGAUGUCCCAUCCCACGCUCUUCCAGAUGCCUGUGCCGCUGGGCCAACCGCAGGGCCAGGUACAGGCCCACCCAACCGCAACACACACCCAGACGGUCAUUCAGGGGAUGCCCAUACAGAACUCUCUGGCUAUGCUCGGCCAGAUGGAGGGGCUGACGCCGACUAUCAGCUUACAGGCCGCUCCGCCAGGCAACGGCAGCACCGGAGGUGGGGCAGUCAUCCCAUGUCAACCUGGGGAAGGUGUCACCAUUGUGAGCGGUGGUGCAGAACCAGGCCCUCAUCCGGUGCAGACACAGGCUCAAGCGCCGGUCCUCACUGUGCAAACUGCCCCAUCAGUCUCUACGUCCAUCGUGACCCCUUCAUCCUCACCACUGGUCUCCUCCUCCUCCACUUCCACACUCCCUGCAGCGGUUCCAGCUCCACCGCAGGCACAGCACAGUCCUGGGGGCCUGUUCCUCACACCCCAGGGUUCAAGCGUGAUCCUGAGCCAGGAAUCCCUACAGAUGUUUCUGCAACAGGACCAUCAGCUCCAAUCUGAGGCUGACCCACCCCCUGCGGGUUGUAUGCCCGCGUCCGUCAUCGUGAGCAGCGCUGGUCCGACCCCCCCGGUCAGUGACAGUGUGUCAGCCGAGGGCUGGCCGAGCCAGAGCCCUGGCCACUCACUUGCUGACGCUCAUGUGGCAGCACGGGCCCACCAGCUGCCUUCGACUGGAACCCAGCAUCAGGUGAAAAUCCAGUGUGCCUCGCCUUCACAGGCCCUGGCUGCUCACGCCAUUCCCUCGUCGCUGUCAGAGAGCCCCCAGCCGUCUCAGUCUUCUCCGCUCGUUCUGGGCCAGACGAUCCAAUCUCCCCACCAACAGACUCAGUCUUGCCCUUCAUCCCAGCCCCCAUCACGGUCCUGCACCCCCUCCUCCCUGCCCCCACUCUUCAUCAUCCAUAAUCAGGUGGGCGUGUCCCCUCAGGAUGCGACACAGACACAACCGCAGCCGCUCCCGCCCCAAAUCCAAGCUCAGGCUGCCCCUGUGCCUCAGCUUGCAGCCUUCCAACAAGACACGCCACCGUCCUCCUGCUCCCCCAAACCCCCUCAGGUUCCCCCCGUACAGUUCCAGCUGGUGCCUCCCCCAGUCAGUGCUUCCCUGGACCCAGGCACGAGUCAGCAAGUGCCCCUUCAGAAUCUGACGGCCGAGCAGCAGCAACAAACCCUCCAGCUGAUUGGGGCUCAGCUACAGGCUGUGCCAACCAUCAGCCAGCCCUCCCCUCAGCAGAAGCAGCUACUUGACAAGCUGCACCAGGUGACGCCAAGCAUCAUCCUCCAGUCGAAACCGCCUACCCAGGCCCAGCCCAUCCCAAUCGGUCAAUUUAAUAUCAAGCAGGAACAACCCCUAACUCAGCCUGCGACAUCAUUAGACAGUCACAACAGGCCUGCACAGAUGGUGCCAGUGCUGCAACAAGCUUCAGUUCUUGCAUCCAAUGAUGUGAAGGUGAUCUUAGGACCUCCAGGGGCCACACCAAGCAGCCUUACACAGUCUAAUCAGCCGAAGCAGAGUGUGAUUGGUUCAGUUGGGGGACUUUCCCUGGGAAAAGGUGGACUGCGGAUCCAGGUCUGCAAUACUGGAGUCUCUCAGCUGCCUACGGCUCUGGCUCACCCCCCAGUGCAAACGCAGACGGUUCCUUCAAAAAGAUCUUUACCCAUGGAGCCCAGCAAAGAGGCAAGGAUGCUGGAGCAACUGAGGAGGCAGCAAGGAUCUGUUCUGCACCCAGACUAUGCCUCCCCCUUUCGUUCCUUUGAGGAUGCCUUGCAAAGACUGCUUCCCUAUCACUUGUACCAGGGCACAACCUCCACCCCUGAGGACUGCCACAGAGUGGACGAUGAGUUUGAAAGUGUGUCCAGCCAGCUGCUGAAACGGACUCAGGCCAUGAUUGAUAAAUAUCGCCUGCUGCUGUUUGAGGAAUCCAAGAGACUAGGACCUUCAGCAGAGAUGGUGAUGAUUGACCGGAUGUUUAUUCAGGAGGAGAAGGUUGCUCUGAACCAAGAUCGGUUACUCGCCAAAGAGAGACCAGAGGAGUAUGUGGCACAUUCCCGUUCCUUGGAAAGCACAGCGACAGGGGUUCUGCCACCUCCCCGUACUGAGCCCUUACCUGCAAGGGCUAGCCCAGCAACAUCGGGGACAUUGGGAACAGCAGCUACUGCCUUCCAAGCACCUACGCACUUAGCGCCCACCAAAAUGGUCAUCAAGCAGGGAGGAGGAACAGCGUCUGUAACCUGGUCCUCAAGUUUCACCCCCGGGCCUGCAGCAACAAGGCCAUCAGUUGAGCCUUCCCCCCGGGGCUCAUCCCUCAGCUCAGCCUCAUCAUCCUCACGCACUGCUGAUGACGAGGACGACCUUCCCCAGCGCUGCAACAGGCCACCAAUCAAGACCUAUGAGGCGCGGCGUCGAAUCGGCUUGAAGCUGAAGAUCAAACAGGAGGCUGGACUAAGCAAAAUUGUUCAUAACACGGCGUUAGACCCAAUCCACACACCGACUCAGCUGCAUCCACAGCAGGACAUACAACCAACACCUGCACAGGAGCACCAACAAUCCAAAUUCACCAUUCCCACAUCCACAAGCAAUGCUAGGACUCCUCUUCCUGCUGGCAGUGCUGCCCCAUCCUCAGCUGUCACCAUAGCAACCACAGCGACAAACCCAGGGCAAUGUACAACAGCCCUUUCGUGCACAACUCCCUCAUUGUGUUCUUCGUCUUCCUCAAGUCAGAUGAAUGGGACCCUGGAGCACCAUGCAGCGGAUGGUGCCAAACAAAAUCCUGCUGCCACAGUAGUUUCGCGCCAGAUUACCUGCCGCCUUCCAUUGCGCAAAACGUACCGUGAAAAUAUUAGCCCUCGCCGGUGUCCCGGGGUUCCUGGAGGUGGGGACGAAAGUGGGGUCAUGGUCAGAACCUCGGUCCCCUCGCCAGAAUCCCACGGCUCAUCUCCCACUGCUGGCCGGACAGUGAUAGCCAGCGUGAAGCUAGAGAAGCGGGCAGGCCAGGGCCAAUCCCAGGCCCACCAGUGGCCUGGGCCAGAGCAUGGUCCGAGAGUAGCUGGCGGUGCCCAGGAGCAGGACUCCUCACCCAGGCUCAUCCAGGAACUAGAGGAGGUGGAGGAGGUGUUUUAUCACGGGAUGAUGAGGAACACCCACCGUCGCUGCUCAGAGGACGACAAAGAGGGCAAGGAUGAUCGUGUAAGUACUGGCAGGUCCAGGGCAGGAACCGGGAAGGGUGGGGAGAGAGACAGCAGAUUGUCUAAGAGAGACCGACAGGGGCCGGGUUCGUCCUCCCUAGCCCAGCCCCCCUGCCCAUGGGACCCUUUGCUUCCGGCCAAGCGACGCAAGUCGGACUCUCCAGACAUGGACAAUGCCAGUUUCUCUAGCGGCAGCCCCCCACAAGAUGACUCGCUCAAUGAGCACCUACAGAGCGCAAUAGACAGCAUCCUUAACCUGCAGCAGAGCACCACCAAGGGGAGCAGUUCUAGGGCUCCAGAGGCACAUCCGUCCCAAACUCAUCGACUUGGUGCCCCACCCAGUGGAUCCCACAGACAGCCAGUGUCCUCGUCACCCUCGCCCUCUAUGGCUCCACGCUCACAGCUAGGAGGCGUCGCUGGGUGUGGGCAGAACGGUGGCUUGGUGUCAAGGACUUGCAGUAGAUAACAGACCGUCGAACAGACGGGGACUAAGAGACGCAAGGGCUGGGGAGAGAGUCCUGCUCUAUCCUUUUGGCUGUGCUGUGUUUGUCUAUUUGAAUUGUCCAGAACAAGAUAACACUCUAUUUUUGCUCUACAGAAUGUAACAAACUUACCCUGUGUAAGACACAGCUAUUCUAAAGAAAGUAGUGUAACAAGAUGUCAGUCAGGCCAGCAGAGCGAUGUACUUACACACUGGCGAAAUAUCAGUGUUGUUUCCCAUCAUUCUUAUUUCAAGUGUAAUGUACAAAGGUUUAUUCUUUUUUUUUUUUUUUUAAUCUUUGUCCUUACCCACCCAUAGGAAAUUUUUACAUAGAGAGCGGUCAGCACUUGUAAGGAUGGCUGGAAAUUGAUGUAAGCAAAUACAUAGUACGUUACCAAAGGGGCAAGGUUUAGUCCUUUGACACAGAUAAGAUUCAUUCCUUAGAAACAACUUGGGUUAUUCUGAGCUGCCACUGUCCGAAGAAUAAUAUCCAAACUCAUAUAGAAUUUAUAAAAACGUGUGUGGUCUGCCUAUAGGUGGCAAAAUGUUACUUUUUAAAGCAUUCUUGCUCUACAUUAGUGACUGUACUUCAGAGCCCUUUUAAUUCUAAGCUAGGAUGGCAGUAAAAUUCUCUUUUUUUUCAUUGAGUUUGCUCUAACUGUGACUUAAACCAUUUAGGUCUUUGUGAUUCCCAGAGUCAUGGAUCAGAAUUCUCUCAAGAGUUGUAGUCUUCAGAUGUUGUUAUGUAUCCCUGUUAAGUUAUGUAUCCCAUCUGACACAGCACACUGGAAGUACAACAAAACACAUGUAGCUCCAUUCCCACAACCCGGCUGCUUUAUGUUUUCCCCAUGAGAAACAAAAGGAGCUGGCUGGAUUGGACAGGGGUCAGUGAAAUGCCAUUGCACGCUUCAAAAUUCAUCCUUAUUCUUAACUAUUAACCAUUCAGUUGUUUCCAACUAGCCCAUUUUCUGAUUUUCCUGUAGACCUGUGGAAAGUGCUGUUUUCUUUAAUUUAUUUUUUUAUUUUUUUUUUUUACUGUAGCCUUACAAGGUGUGAUGUGGUUUCAGCUCCACAUUUGAUGCCAAACUGGUAAAUGGCUUAACGUAGUUCUUUGAAGGUUAUGUCUGAUGUAUGAGCACUGAUGCAUGUAUGAAGAUCAGGAUUUUAGGUCUUUCAUUAGCAUUGAAAUAAUGCUCAUACUCAUUCACCCAAUGAUUGGAAUGACAGAUUGGUUACCAUGGAAGUCCUCUGAGCCAAACCAGCACCACUGUAAAAGUUUGUAAUGUUACCUUUGCAAUGUUUCAUGUUGUGGGGGGGGGGACUCUGGAUGGUUCAGCAAAACUUGUUCAGACAAAUGGAAAGUUUGUGAAUGUAAGAAUGUACAGGUGGUUGAAAUAAGCUUUCAGGACCCAAGAGUAGCAGACUAUUAGUGUACUGUCAUAGCAAGACACUUUCUGAUGACAUGCCCAGUCUUUAGACAGUGUGUUUUAAACAAAGUUUACACUUAUUUUUGAGUGAGCUAUGCUUAUGUAGAACCGAAUACCCCAAAAUUGUUCAAGUCGCAUCUCUCAGUGAAAUAAUAUCCCUACGAAAAAAUCAGCGUUUAUAAGUAGUACGUGCAAGUAUGUGUAUCUGGAACACAGACAUUUAUUAAGCACACCCGUGUACUGCACAGUCAGAGUUGUGGUGCUGUGCAACAUGGAUGGGCUUAGCGUUUAAACACAAAAACGGUUGGAUGUCUCGAUGGGCGUCUGUAAACUGAUGUAUUGAUCUUGGAGUUGUGUGUUUUUUCU